GGCGGUGGUGGCUCACGAGGCGCCGUGAUGGACCUAGUGGAGGCGAUAGAAUUUAAAGAACGCUGUACUCAGUGUGCUGCUGUCUCUUGGGGUCUUACUGAUGAAGGCAAAUAUUAUUGCACUUCUUGCCACAAUGUUACAGAAAAAUCUAAGGAAGUUCUAAACACCGAGGCUAUUCCUAAUACCAAGAUACAAGCCAUCAACCGGGGGCUUAAAAGAAAAAAAAAGCUUGAAAAAGGCUGGGAUUGGUAUGUGUGUGAAGGUUUUCAGUGCAUACUUUAUCAACAAGCAGAAGCCUUGAAGACCCUUGGAGUAGGCCCAGAGUUAAAGAAUGAAGUUUUACAUAAUUUUUGGAAGCGCUACCUUCAGAAGAGCAAGCAGGCGUAUUGUAAAAACCCAGUGUAUACCCUAAGAAGGAAAGCUAUGGUGUUAGAAGAUAAUCUAAAUCAUUCAGACUGGGCUAGUGAGCCUGAGCUGCUGAGCGAUGUCAGUUGUCCUCCUUUUGUUGAAAGUGGAGGGGAGUCUCAGUCUGGCGUCCACAGUGAGAAGCCUUUUCCCAUCACCAAAGCAUCACAAUCAGAAACGGCAUCUAUCUGUUCUGGAUCUCUUGAUGGAGUUGAAUACUCACAACGAAGAGAGAAGGGGAUUGUGAAGAUGACUGUGCCCCGGACACUUGCUUUCUGCUAUCUGUCAUUACUUUGGCAGAGAGAAGCAAUAACUCUUUCAGAUCUUUUGAG